ACAUACCGGUGCCAAGCCAUCAACGAGUGGUGGUAGCCUGGUGCGGAAAGACCUAUUCCUCGUCACCCCAGACCUCUUGGUUCUUCUUCCAAACCCCGUCUCUGAUGCAUUGCAUUAGUCAACCUCGGUAAUACACACGGUACAGGGGUAACAAACGGCGAAAGUUGUUGCAAGAUGUCACACCUGGGCAAUCCACAAGCUCAGCGGACGAUGUAAGUAAAAGAGAAGCCAUACCGCGGUGCACUGCGUCGCUUUUCUUUGCUUUGAAUUCCUGGGUACAGCGGAACGAAAGGUUACAUCGCAAAUUGGCGUGUUUGUUCGGGCGUGUUUGUUGGCCAAUGACGAUGAAAAUUGCUCUAGAAUUACUCCGCAAUCGAUGCAGGAAAACACUUUAUCCAAAACGAGGCCAAUAACAGCGUGUGCUCUACGCAUCUUUGCAUCAAACAAACGAAGCAACUCGUGAGCUGCCAACGAUUGUUGCAACCAGAAUCCACAUCACACGCCGCAGCAACCGAGUUUGAGCUUGGGGAAACAGAAAUAGCUCUAUCUCACAACUAGUAUCCUUUGAUCCAUCCCGUCUUUUGUUUCGCAGAAAAUUCAUCACGGCGAUUGCAUGCACGGGAGCCGGCAUCCAGGCCACAUUCUUUUCAAACUACGACCACGUGCCCGGCUUUGAGGGAAAGGACCACGUGUUUUCGGGCCUGCAGAGAGAUGCACGCGACUUUCUCGACACCACCGUCUACGGAAUCGAUCCCGAAAUUGUGAAGCAGCGAGCCUCUCGGCCGAAGCAGCACACAGCCGAGGAGCACAACCACAAGCCGUCCAAAUGAACUAUACGGAUGACUGCUUCGUGAACGGAACGACAGAUUCUUCUUUGCACCGACGCGUCGGGUAUCCAGGCUGGCGUUGCUAGCCGAUGGCAAUUCGGAAAAACCCCAUGGUGAGUGGGUCGGCGAGGCUCUUUGGUGCAGGCAGCACGGCGGUUCGUCUCUUUUCUACUGGUUCCGUUGAACCGCAUUGCAUCGUAUCGCGCACUGUGUUUCCGAGAAUGACGAUACAAAACAAAAACCAAAGGAUCGAUAGGACAGACUUUGCACAAAGAUGCAAGGAUUGUUGAGAGUUUUUACAGCCGACCUCGGACGAUGCGAUACAAUCGGAUGCUAUGCAACGUAGAAAGAACAAGACCGGUGCAGCCAGUGUUUUUGAGCGUGUGUAUGCUCCUUUGCGGCUCGAGGCGAAUAAUUAUCUGUCAAUCUAACGACAUACCAAUGUUUCUUUCGCCCCAUUCAAUCGAUUUUUUAGAGAGAGAGAACAUGCACACAAGCCAAGCAUUCUCCGUAGACGGCCAGCAUGGACUGAAUUGAAUGCGUUUUGUCUAUCUUCCCGUAAGUCUUUGUGUAGCGACAUUCAAGUUCUUGUUGCCGGAGACGAAACGACGCAGCAAUGAGAUCCACAAACACGGUACACGCGCUCAUGAUAGGCUGAAUCAGAGUCCUUGCGACAGUGAUGGUUUGGCAGAAAAGCAGUGCAAGAGAAAUAACUAUUUUGUUUGGGGGCCAUUUUUAAUCCUACGAAACGGACGUCGAUCGAAGAAAAGACUAAAAUGGUCUUUUUGGAAGUCAAAUUCCCUCGCUAGUUUCGCUUGGUCGGUCCUGACAGUCCUUCUCGGCUUUGUUUUCUCUUUUCGCUUUGUCUCACACCGAGAAUUUUAUUUGCUUCUGCGUUUCAUCACCGAAUGGGGAAAACAGGAACUACGAGUGCUCGAGCGGGCCGAAUCGUUGCGAAACGCAACCGUCGGGUAUGCAAAGCAACACAAGCAUGUGAUGCCAGAUACUGGUAUGUUUAUUACUGUGUUUUCCAAAAUGCCAGCUCCAAAAGCCAAGUCUUGCACCGGACGAGGCAAGCACUACGCCUACCACCGCAUUCACGUACUAUGAGGACAUGUUUUGAUCUAUACGACUGUUUUUCCUCCAAUCUAGUUUGCGAAGACCGAUGACUAUUAGCAGACAAAAAGCACUCGUUGCGAUUGUAUUCCACGAUCCGAUGAGCCGUCGUUCUCGCUGACAUUUUUUUUUUCAAAAUUUUUGUUUCUACCAAAGUUCCUGGCCGACGAUCUAGUCACUUUUUCCUGAGAUUGAAAGUGUCACAGUUUUGGCGAGCCGAUCGUAAUUUAUCUCUGGUUCCAAAUAGGAUUGCCUAUUACGGAUUUUUGUCCGUCCGGUUCGAUUUCGAUGUCAUAUCUUCUUAAGAGGAUGGCCAAUCUGUUAGCCCUCCCUAUCACCUAGCCGACAGGACCACGGGAUUUGUUGCUCAGAGAUGACUUUCUCGUCUUUGGAGAGAAAAAAGAUAGCAGGGCUAACUUUUUCUCGAUCAUUGCCCAUCAGAUUCCUGCACUAAAUUUCAACCGAUGAUCGUAUAGCCACACAUGAACAUAAUGCACACUUAUAAUGAAAGAUGAUAGUUAUG